ACUGCCAAGCCUCAGAGGCUGGCGCCCCCGUAGAUGGGACGCCCUGGGGGCUGUGCGCCGGGCGGGUAGAAUCCUUGGCGGGAGGGGCAAGGGGGCUUCCGGGGCGGCGGCCACCUGGCCCGGCCCGCUCCGGCCCCGCCCGCUUCUGCUCCGCGCGGUGAUUCACUCCCUCCUUCGCCCCGGGGCCCCCUUCCCGGCCAGACGGCGGGCAAGACGGCUGGGUGUGUACCGUCCUCGAACCCACGAGCAAGCGAGCAGAUUCUCCGCGCCUCUCGGGACUCCGGUCCACGCCAUGGCGGAUUCCGAGCGCCUCUCGGCCCCCGGCUGCUGGGCCGCCUGCACCAACUUCUCACGCACCCGAAAGGGAAUUCUCCUGUUUGCUGAGAUUAUAUUGUGCCUGGUGAUUCUGAUCUGCUUCGGUGCCUCGACAUCAGGAUACUCCUUCUUGUCGGUGAUAGAGAUGAUCUUUGCUGCUAUCUUCUUUGUCGUCUACAUGUGUGACCUGCACACCAAGAUACAGUUCAUCAACUGGCCUUGGAGUGAUUUCUUCCGAACCCUUGUAGCGGUCAUCCUCUACCUGAUCACCUCCAUUGUUGUUCUUGUUGAGAGAGGAAACCACUCCAAAAUCGUUGCAGGGGUGCUGGGCCUAAUCGCUGCAUGCCUCUUUGGCUAUGAUGCCUACAUUACCUUCCCCUUGCGGCAGCAAAGACAUACAGCAGCCCCUACUGACCCUGCAGAUGGCCCGGUGUAGGUGAACUCCCUUCAUUUCUCUCAGCAACCUGCAAAUAACACCUCCAUCGAAAUAACUCCUCCCCGCCCCUACUACAACACUCCCAGUCAACUCCCAGCCCCCUACUGAGGUAAAAGUGCCUUUAUCGCGAGAAUUUGUCUUCCAGGCUGCCAAUCAACUCCUCUGGGUAUGGCCACCUUUAUGGGUGUGCCUAGGUUCCCCCUUCCUUCUGCAGUAUCCAGAUGGAGACACCAGUUCUGCCUGGACAAUGCCCCCACCUAAGCCACAAAAUGACGGAAGAGGGUGCCUCAGAUUUCAGACUCCAGGCCCCAGGUUGUAACCCACUCCUAAUAACCUUCUCAGUGUGCAUGUGUGUGUGGGAGGAGAGGGGUUCUGUGGAGGAAUAAAUAAAUAAUAAGCAGAUU